CUCUUCCUCACAAGGGACGCCUCCCUGCUCGCCGUCCCCGUAAUGCUGUUCCCGCCGCCGGCGACGACCAUCAUCCUUCCCUCGGAACCCUAGUUUGUUCUGCCCUUUCCUUUUUUUUUUAUCUCUCCUUCGGACGUCUCGUAAGAGAGUGAGCCCUAAAUAAGCCCUAGAUGGCCUCCAUACCAUCCGUAUCCUUCGCUUCGCCUUGUAGGCAAGCCGCCGAGAGGAGACUGACCUUCGCUGGUCCUGCCCUCCGUGGAUUCCGAUUUGAAGCCCCUAAGUUCAGCUCCCGGAUGGUAGUCCGCUGCGUGGCGGCCGCAAGCUAUGCGCCACCCACUGUAUCCGAAACAAAAUUGAAUUUUCUCAAGUCAUACAAGCGGCCCAUUCCAAGCAUAUACAACACUGUAUUGCAAGAGCUGCUUGUGCAGCAACAUCUGAUGAGAUACAAAAGGACCUACCAGUAUGAUGCUGUCUUUGCCCUUGGCUUCGUAACUGUUUAUGAACAGCUUAUGGAAGGGUAUCCAAACAGUGAGGAUCGAGAUGCCAUCUUCCAGGCAUAUAUUCAGGCAUUGAAGGAGGAUCCUGAGCAGUACAGAAGUGAUGCCAAAAAGCUGGAGGAGUGGGCUCGUGCUCAGACUGCUAAUUCAUUAAUAGAGUUCUCCACCAGAGAAGGAGAAGUAGAGACCAUUUUGAAAGAUAUCUCAGAGCGGGCACUGAGUAAGGGAAACUUCAGCUACAGUCGAUUCUUUGCGAUCGGACUGUUCCGUCUACUUGAGCUGGCAAAUGCAACUGAACCUACAGUCUUGGAAAAGCUUUGUGCUGCACUGAAUAUAAAUAAACGCAGUGUGGAUAGAGAUCUUGAUGUGUAUCGCAAUCUUCUGUCGAAAUUAGUUCAAGCAAAGGAGCUUUUGAAGGAAUAUGUGGACAGAGAAAAAAAGAAGAGAGAAGAAAGAUCGGGAACUCAGAAAGCUAAUGAGGCCAUCACAAAGUGCACAGGAGAUUUCCGUUCUGUGACCUUCAAGUUAUGAACCAUGCCAGUGAUUGGUUGACAAAGCUUCAGCCUGUUCAGUACCUUUUUCCUAAUUGAAUCAUGGAAGAAGCCUCAAGAGAAUCCAGUACCUUUUUCCUAAUCCUGUUGUAUAUGCAGCUAUAUUUUACAUUCGGAAUGUCUUAUUUUGAAGUAGGAGAAUCCAGAUUCACAAAAUCUAUUCGGCUGCUUUCCUUCAUUCACUCGACUCCCUUGUACAAUCUGCAACAUUGAUAUUACCAUCUUCAAUUGUCAAUCAGCAUCUUAUAACAAAAGAUUAAUCCCUUGUCAGCA